AUGGAGCACCUGAAACCUCCCUCUGCUUUGAGAUUAAGCGAGGAGAGAGACAAGUCCGAGUGCUGGAGACAGUGGAAGCGCUCGUGGGACCUUUACAAGGUUGCUAGUGGACUUGAAGAAAAGUCCGAGAAGAUACAAGUCGCGACACUCUUGCACGUGUUAGGCAAAGAAUGUCAAGAAAUCUUUUCUCAGUUCACGUGGGAGAAGGAAGAGGACUCUGAUGAAAUUUCAGCAGUCGAAGAGAAGUUCAAAGCUUAUUUUGAGCCACUUUGUUCAAAGAAUUUCAAUCGUCAUUUGUUUAUCGAAAGAAAUCAAAGAGACGGCGAGUCAGUUGACGAAUACUGCGGAGCUCUCAAAGCCCUAGCAAAAAGUUGUGAUCUUGGCGACAGAGGAGAAUCAUGGAUAACUACAAAGUUAGUCUUAGGCCUCAGAGACAUAAAACUAAAAGAGCGAUUGAUGGAAAGCGACAAAAGCCUCGAAGAUACGCUAAAAGCAGCAAGAAUCGUGGAAACGAGUAGACAACAUUUGCAGUCUAUUACCAGUAAUGGCGCCAAAGCGGCGGACUCUGUUGAAGCUGUCGAGUCAGUUGGACGGCGUUAUGCAAAAGGACAGCGAAAUAAAGCUUCCAACAGCCAAAACAAAGAGAGAGAGACAUCUCGAAAAGCUUGUACGAAGUGUGGAACAGUUCAUAUUCCAAAGCGAUGUCCAGCGUAUGGCAAGCAGUGCCAUAAAUGCAAAGUGUUAAACCAUUUUGCGAAGUUUUGUCCUAAGAAGAAAAAAGAUUCAUCUAAUAUUAACUGUGUCAACGAGCAUGAUGAUGAUGUUGUAGAAGAUUUAAGUUCAGAUGAGAGUUUUCACAUUGGAUCUCUUGAAGUCGGAGAGAAGGACUGGGUCGAGACAGUCAAUUUCGGAAAUCUACAAGUAAAUCUAAAGUUAGACAGCGGAGCUCAAUGCAACGUUAUAACAAAGAAAAUUUAUGACAAGAUUACUACUAAGCCAUUGGAACAAACGAAAGUUAAGCUCGAGAGUUACACCAAAACAUUCAUUAAGCCCCUGGGACAGUGCACAUUAAUUGGAGUAAAUAGAGGAAACAAACACAGCCUGUCUUUCCAAGUUGUUGAUGGAAACUACACACCUAUCUUAGGAAGAGCAAGCUGUGAAGAAAUGGGACUAAUUCAGCGUGUGAACUGUGUGAACACUGAAGCACUCAUGAAGGAUUACUCAGAUGUUUAUUCUGGUCUAGGAUGUUUACCUGGAGAGUACCAUAUAACAAUUGAUCCUAGUAUAACUCCUGUUGUACACCCUCCUCGCAGGAUAGCUCAUUCCAGACGUGAYAAACUGAAGYAYGAACUAGACCGCAUGGUCAGAUUAAACAUAAUUGAGAAGGUAACAUUGAACGAGCCAGCGGAUUGGGUGAACAGUACCGUUGUUGUCGAAAAGCCAARUGGAUCCGUAAGAGUAUGCAUAGACCCCAAGGAUUUGAAUGUUGCCAUCAAACGUGAACAUUAUCCACUACCCACAGUGGAAAAAAUAGCUGCAAGAUGUACUGGAGCCAAACUCUUUACAACGCUCGACGCAGAACARGCAUUUUAUCAGAUAAAGCUCGAUGAAGAGAGCAGAAAGCUCUUGACAUUUAACACUCCCUUUGGAAGAUUUCGUUACUUGAGAAUGCCGAUGGGAAUCAAAUCAGCACCUGAAGUAUAUCAACAGAGAAUGGAACUGGUCUUUGAAGGACUAGACGGUGUGGAAGUCAUGAUGGAUGAUAUUCUUGUUCAYGGUAGGAACKAAGAAGAACAUGACAUAAGACUACAAGCUGCACUACAGCGUGCAAGGCAAAACAACUUGAAACUCAACCCGAGAAAGUCAAAAAUCAAGCAAACAGAGGUGAAAUACCUUGGCCAUAUCUUUACGUGUGAAGGAUUGAAAACCGAUCCUGAGAAAGUGAGAGCAGUGGUGGAGAUGCCGAGAYMAACCGAUAAGACUGGUGUUCAGAGACUCCUUGGAGUACUUAACUAUGUAAGCAAGUUCAUUCCAAAUAUGUCCACCUUGACAGCUCCCCUGAGAGAACUACUAGUGAAAGAAACACUUUGGCACUGGGAUGAACAACAAGAGGAGAGUUUUCAGGAAAUAAAGAAAACACUGACAGCAGCACCAGUAUUGGCAUAUUACRACCAGACUGAAAGUCUCACACUACAAGUUGAUGCAAGCUCGACUGGAUUAGGAGCAGUUCUAAUACAAAAUUAUCGUCCAGUAGCUUAUGCUUCAAAGGCACUAACACCAGCACAGCAAUCGUAUUCACAACUAGAGAAAGAACUACUAGCAGUUGUUUUUGGAUGUUCCAAGUUUGACGAAUAUAUUGUCGGUUGUGAUGUCAUAGUAGAAACAGACCACAAGCCACUAGAGUCGAUUACGAAGAAACCAUUGUAUGCUGCACCGUUACGACUACAAAGAAUGCUAGUACAGUUACAGCGAUACCCAAAUAUCACACUGAAGUACAAACGUGGUGCAGAGAUGUAUUUCGCAGAUACAUUGUCGAGAGCCUACUUGAAAGAAACAYUAGUGAACACUAAAAUUCUAGAGAUUAGUGUACUUGACCACAUGAUCUCUGAUGCACAGAUAGACAGAUUUGCUAAAGCAACAGCAAAUGACAUGACCUUGGCACUACUUCAAAGUGUAGUUAUGGCAGGAUGGCCAGAGACAAAGGAAGAGACGCCAACCAAGAUUCAUGAGUAUUGGAACAUUAGAGAUGAGAUAACGAUCUCACAGGGACUACUUCUCAAAGGACAGAAGAUUAUUGUACCCAAAGAGUUGAGAAACGAGAUGCUAGACAAACUGCACUGUGGCCACCUUGGAAUCAACAAGACACUACAAAGAGCAAGAGAUGUUCUUUAUUGGCCAGGAAUGAAUCAGGAUGUCAAAGAAAAGAUUCAGAAGUGUUCUGUAUGUCUAGAGAAUCAACCAAGCCAGAAAGCUGAACCACUACAAAGUCAUGAAAUCCCAUCUUUACCCUGGUCAAAAGUUGGUACAGACCUACUACAAAAGGAUGGUCGACACUACAUUGUAACAGUUGAUUACUACUCUAAAUGGCCAGAACUUACAUUACUGAACUCUUGUACUAGUGCAGCUGUAAUUACUGCACUGAAAUCACAAUUUGCAAGAUAUGGAAUACCUUCUACAUUGGUCUCAGACAAUGGACCAUGCUMUGCCUCUAAAGAGUUCAAGGAAUUUACAGAAGAAUGGAACAUUAAACAUAUCACAUCCAGUCCAGAAUACCCAAAGUCUAAUGGACAAGCAGAGAGGACAGUCAGAACAGUGAAGGCCAUGCUAAAGAAAGCAAAAGACGUUGAUACUGCACUACUGUCAUACAGAAAUACACCAAUUGAUGGAGUAAACUUAUCACCUGCACAGAUGUUAAUGGGACGAAGAUUGAGAACAACAGUUCCUCAGACAACCGAGACUCUUAUUCCACAAAGGUAUGACCCACAAGAGACACUUGCGAAGCUGAAAGACAGACAAAGCAAACAGAAGUUUUAUCAUGACAAGUCAGCAAAACCCUUGGAGCCCUUAAAGGAAGGAGAUACAGUUAGGAUACAACAAGAUAAGAAGUGGAAACCGGCAGAAGUGCUACAGAAAUUGCCUGAGCCACGUUCAUACCUAGUCCAAACCGAGAAAGGUACAUUUAGACGAAACCGCAAACAUCUUCUAAAGACAGAAGAGCCAAAACCACUUGAUGAUGCAGUCUAUGUUGAAGAGCCAGACUCAGCUAACUAUGUCACUAGCAACAUACAGUCUUAUGAUGAACCGGAAACAGUYGAGGYACMAAUGCCCAUACCACAGUCUAAUGGAGCGGUUACAACGAGAAGURGUAGAUGCGUAAAACCACCAAAGAGAUUUGAAGAUUAUGUUAAGUGA